GCGUUUAUUGCAGAAGCAGCUGCUUACGUUAUUUGAAAAUACGACUGUCCGUGACUGGUGCGAUCGGUUGAAAGGCGGUGAAAACCAUACGCUCGCGCUAAGCUACUGAUUUACUCGGGCCCCUUGUGUCCUAAUCUUAGCAAUCAUCAUCAUGUCGGAUCGAACUGAGCUGAGAAUGAACGUGGCUGCGUUAAAACGAGUCGACCCUUACGUCAAGGAUAUCCUGGAGACGGCGACCCAUGUUGCUCUAUAUACAUUCAACGGAGAUGAGAACGAGUGGGAAAAGACCGAUAUCGAGGGCGCUCUAUUUCUCUAUUCAAGAAACGGCGAGCCAUACAAUAGUAUUCUCAUAAUGAACAGAUUAAAUACGAACAAUCUAGUAGAACCAGUUGCUCCAGGUUUGGAUUUGCAACUGCAGGAACCAUUUCUGCUGUAUAGAAACUCCAGAUGCAACAUUUAUGGUAUUUGGUUUUACGAAAAAGAAGAGUGCGUUCGUAUUGCAAGCAUGUUGAACAAACUUUUGAAAGAAUGUGAGGAAAGUCGCAAGAUCAAUAGCAAGCCGCAAAAUAAAAAUAAGAAAAUUGUAGGACUUAAUGACAAAAACAAUGUGGAUAUAUUCAGUAUGCUUAGCAAGGCGCAAGAAGACUUCAACACAAGCAGAGUUGGCGGUGGAGGCGGUGGAGGUGGUGGUGGCGAUAACGGUAACACAAUCGGAUCGAAAUCUCCAUUGAUUACACCCACGACUGACAAUAUUUCUGGUUCAUUAUCCGCUCCCUUAGGACCUGAUGUCACUUCGCAAAGUGUAAUGGAUUUUUUUGCUAAAGCUAAGGUGAACACUGGCCAAUUCAAGCCAGGCGAUCAACCUACUUCGGGAGCGACUGUUGUAGUCGAGUCAACUAAACCUCUACUCGCGCGUUUAAUGUCCUAUCCGGCAGCGCAUACUUUAGAACAUAUUGAGAAACAUAUUGAGAAACAGAGAUCUAUAACGCCGCAGCCUACUACUCAUCAGUCGCAACCAACGACGAUUCCUGCGGCGAAUAGAUCUAAAAGGCGGAACAAACCGACUUCCCAACAAGAGUCCACGUCAGCGCCGAUUUCGCAAGAUCUACCGCUACCCGUAACUCAGAACGUUAACGAUUCGAACGGAACGACUGGAUUCCUCAGGAUACAAUCCCCAACCAAUACACCGACGUCUUCUACUUUAAGAAAUCAUCAAGCUGCAAACAUUACCAAUACCAGCAAUGCUAAUCCGCUUGCGUCAUUAUUUGCUCAUGCCUCCGGAAGCACAUCAUCGGACGACAUUAUUCCGACAGCACCAACGUUGUCAGGAAGAGGAUCGGCACCAGCGUUAAUACCUCCCGUAAUGUUUGCCGCUCCCAGUCCACCCGAGCCUUUAAGCAGACCAUUAGAACCGUUGACGAGAAAUCAGCUUUUACAAGCGUUCAAUUAUCUAUUAAAAAGCGAUCCGGAUUUUAUUAACAAACUUCACGAGGCCUAUGUCAAAUCGUUCGGAGAGAUACUUUCCUAAAAUGAUAACAUUUAUUAUUGUAAUAUUAAUCCGGAAAAACCCAUGUCAUAUGGGUUAUGACUGAUAAACAAUUAAACUAAAUCUCGAUAUUUCUAUGUUACAUGUGCAUGUACAUACAUAUAUAUAGACAAGACGCGUAAUUUCACGCUGGAAAUUCAAUUGACUUGAGAUGAUGAGGAGCGUUUCUUUUAAAGGAAAGGAACAUUUCUUUUCUGGCCGAGAAUUAGAAAACAAAUACAAAAAUAGAAAGCGAUACAGUAUAAUAGCCUGAAUAGUAUUUUUAUAAAGCAAUACAUAUUUUUUGGAACAGAGUAAAAAACAAUGAUCCGUGAAACAUGUAAUGAGUGAGAAGUUUGUGCAAGAAAUUGAAUGAUAUAUACGAAAAAAGUAAAACGUUUUUUAAACUGUGAUGCCAAAACUAUAUUAUAUGCGCGUCUUUUAUGGGAUUAAAAAUCGCACGAUAUCAUA